AUGGGCAACGGCUACACUCGAAGCGACGCGGUGAAGCUAGAGGUUGCGAUCGGGCAAGAAGCCAACCUUUAUCCAUCCCUGCAGUUCGAAGAAGCAAAAGUUGACCUCACUUUAUCCGUACCCCUUGAAUCCACCGUGCCGCAACAACUGGGCCCGUUUUCACAGCCUCGCCAGCCUUCAGGUUCGAAGGGACUGGGUGAUAGGAUAGACGCAAACUUAGCCCGUGCGGAGGAACCAAUUUUCCUCUUCACAGAAUAUUUGGCCAUUUACACUUAG